AUAUCCACGUACUGUACUCUAAAAAUCUCACUCUCGGCGCCCGAUGGAGUCGCUGCACUCAGCUGUUAGGCUAAUGUUAUCAUGAUAAACAAAGUAAUGAAUGGCAAAUGUAUUUAAACAAUGGAGGGGAUACUAUAUAAGUGGACCAAUUACAUCAGCGGGUGGCAACCUCGCUGGUUUGUGCUUGAUGGAGGAACUUUGUCUUACUAUGACUCUCAAGAAGAUGCUUGGAAAGGCUGCAAGGGGAGCCUCAAAAUAUCUGUUUGUGAAAUUCAAGUUCAUUCCUCUGACUCCAAACGGCUUGACCUCACCAUACCUGGAGAGCAGUACUUCUACCUAAGAGCCAUCAAUGCAGCAGAGAGGCAAAAAUGGCUGGUAGCUCUGGGAACAGCUAAAGCUUGCCUGACAGACAACAGAACAAAGAGAGAGAAGGAACUCCAAGAGAACACAGAAGCACUAAAGACAAAGAUGUCAGAACUCAGAUUGUACUGUGACCUUCUUCUGCAACAAGUCAACAAAAUAAAGGAGAGCAAUGAGCGUGGCGACACAGCAGAUACAUCAGACACAGGAGACCUGGUGAAGUCGACAUGCACCACUUUCCUCAAGACCCUGGAAGAGUGCAUGCAGAUUGCCAAUCGUACGUUCACAACAGAUAUGUCCAAACACAGUCCGCCGGCAUCCCCUCCAGUCGCCACCAUUAAACCCCAAAAGAUGAAACCGGUCAAUCAGUUAAACCAACGCCUUGGAGAUAAGUGGAGAGAUUUAUCUGAAACAGACACCCAAACAGACACCCGCAGCUUUGACUCUGGUGCAGAAGGACCAGACCAACCAGACAGACCAGUGAACCAUCCCUCCCCAUCAAUGUUUUUUCCAAACCUAACAAGCAUCACGCUGUACCACACAGACGUCCUCACAGCCAGUGGCUCCAUCCAGGAGGAGCAGGCUGCACCCCAGAGUACCUCGCAGGCUGAAAGCUGCGACUCAGCAACAGACCAUGGAGAUGGGGAACAAGAAGGAGAACAAAUGAUGCACAAAACAGACCAAAUUAUAGAGCAGAGCGUGGAGGAGGGGGACGCUGUGCUGCCUCAACAGGAAGCAGCUUCAGAUGGAGACAAGAGUGAGAUUUUGAAGGAUUCCACAGAGCCAGAAGACGAGGAGCCAGUGGAGACAUUUUUCAGCACAAUGAGUCACAGAUUUAGUGACUUAAAGCUGGAUGACGACAAUGGUAUCCCCACACAAGAGUUUUUGGAGUCAUGCUAUGCAAUAGUGCCUGUAUUAGACAAGCUGGGCCCCACGGUCUUUGCUCCGGUAAAAAUGGACUUUGUGGGAAACAUCAGAAAAAUUCAGCAGAAGCAGAUGUCGGACCCUGAGAGCUUCCCCACGCUGCAGGCCAUCGUGCUACAUGAAGUGCACACGGAGGUGGCUCAGGUUCGCAACUCAGCCACCGAGUCUCUGCUGUGGCUCAGACGUGGCCUUAAGUUCCUGAAGGAGUUCCUGUCGGACAUCAAUGCUGGACAGCAAGACAUCCACGGAGCCCUCAAUCAUGCCUAUGGCAAAACUCUUCGCCAGUACCACGGAUGGGUUGUUCGUGGUGUGUUUGCGUUGGCGCUGAGAGCCGCUCCGUCCUACCAGAGCUUCACCGCCGCUUUAGUGACGACAGCAGGAGAUGAGCUGAAGAGCGGCUUCACCAGCAACAUGCACAGAGACCUCAACAUCUACCUACCCGCCAUGGAGAGGCAGCUGGCCAUCCUGGAUGCCCUCUAUGAAGAAUACAACCUGGAGUCUGACGAGGUGGUAUGAACUUUUUACACAAUAUUUGCACUAGCGGAAGGAUGAAGGAAGACACUAAAGGGCGUUCAUAUGUCAGUGGAGCUUCAAAGAUGGAACAAGUGGUCUGCACUGAGGAGGAACAAUGAAGUGUAGCUCCCAGACUGACAUCUGACAGUAGAAAUUUUGGAGUGUCAUCUGCAGUUUCCCAUACAUUUUAUUUAUUUUGCUGGCUGCCACAAAUAGACCACAGGUGCUACGUUGUCACCCUCGCUCAUAAAGACGUUCUAACAUACCUGGUUUGCAACUUAAAUACUUACAGGGUAAUCAGACCCCUCUAGAUACUAGAUUCAUACAAGCGACAAAUCUAGUAAAGAGUGACAUGAAAGCAUGUAUCACUCUUCUCAGUGAGGUGCAGGGGGGUUUGUCUUGUUUGUUUAGCGACAGAAGAACAGGCUCAUUUGUGGUUCUAAAUAUAUUUGUUUUGCUUUUCUUGUUUUUUACUCACUUUUUGCAAAUGCAUCAUAGCCAGUUGUGCUAAUCUGACCAUUAUGUCAAUCCACCGUGCCACACAUAGAUUGCAGUCCUGUGGGAAACACUGUAUUUUAACGUACAGAAGAGCACUGCAAGCUAAGCAUGCGGCUUUGUCUGUUUGAUGCUUUCAUGAAGCAGAAUAUACUUGUAGAACAACAAGCACCAUUUUCAUGCCAGUGUGUCUAGCACAAAACCUUUUAUUCUUGCAACUAACCUGCUAAUCUUGCACUACAUAUUGUAUGUUUAGUGAUGAAAUAUACGUAGUCCUUAAACUUUAAAUAUCCACACUCAUUUUGUUCCUAUUGACAAAAAGAACAGCAGCUCUCUUGCGGUGAAAAAAUCCUAUUCAUACAUGUAUAUUCCCCAACUUUACACAAUUAUACAGUUGUCCCUCGCUACAUUGCAGUUUAAUCAUCGCGCCCUCGCCCUAUCUCGGUUUUCAAAAAUUAAUUAAUAAAUGAUUGCUAUUUCCUGGUGGAAUACGGCCUCUUAGUAGAAAGUAUUCAAGAUUCAAGAGUUUUAUUGUCAUGUGCAUGGUAAAACAGCAGUUAUUUAAGCAAAUUGUACAUAUUCUUGCCCUAAAUUUUGCAUUUUCAACCAUAAAAAUGGCUAAAUGAACGAAAAUACAAAUAUAAGGCAUUCAGAAGACGUAAUAUGUAGUGUAAUAUCUGUGACUUGGAAGUGACACCAGGUAGCUAGAGUUGACUGUGUUUAGCUGAGUGUUAGCAGUGUGGAGAGUGCGUGCGAUUGGUGUGAGUUGUGGCUGACAGCAGCUCCUGUGUGACUGUUCACUGCAUAUGUGUUCUUUGCUUUAUAAUAAAGCGACUGACAUGCAUCAUGUGCAUCAUGAGUCGCUCCUUGACCACAAACAGCGGCAGGCAGUACAGUAGUGUUCUACACUAGUCACUAGGUGUCAGUAAUGUUGUCUUGUUUAUGUCUAAGAUGUCUUAUUUUCUAUUAUUAUGUCUACUAUAUUGGAUGACACCAGUGUAAAAGUGACUGUCAAGUUCUUUUCAGCCUGCACUUGAAAAGGCUGAUAAGAUUGUAGAGGACACUUUAUCAACUCAACUUCACUAGAUUUUGCUUGAGUUUUAUUUCACACUUCAACCAUUUACAGGAGCUUGUCAGGUUAGGUUGAUAACCUUUGAAUCAAAGAGGAAUAGCAUCAAAUUCCUACUCAACUCAGUUGUAUCUCGGAGCAACAAUAGUUGUUACAUACCAGUGGUCGCUCCGGUCUUCUCUUGUUACAAUCAUUGAUGAAUACAAGUAGUCAUAUGAUGCUUAUAUUUAGCAAUAUAUUCUCAAAGAAGCCAAAUUCGACAGAACUGUGACUAUAGGGGUGUUAUUUCAUGUCUAGAGGGCUUUAAUGAUGCUAAAAAAAAACAUUUUGAAUGUCAUAAACAGGUUUUCUAUGCUCUGUGAAAAUAUUCAAUUUGUAAAUAACAAAUCCUAUUCAGCAGAAAUUCACUUAACACGGUCGGGUCCAGAACCAAUUAAAGGCGAUAAAACGAUGGAUUACUGUAUUAAGAAUAAUUACUUCUUUAAAAUAAACACACACACAUACAUACGUUUUUUAAUUACAUAUACGCUGUUCCAAACAUCAAUGUCAGUAGCAAUUUUGCUGCAUGCUUUGAAUGGGGAAAAAUGGUGCCAACUGGUGGACAAAUAUAAAAAUUGACAGCCAAGUAGUCCAACUUGAAAUCUGAACAUAAAGGAUUACAUUAGUUUGCGCUAAGAUAAAAAUGUGGGACCAAAAACGGCCUUUUCAGUAUACAUUUUUUGUCAUGAGGAACAAAUGUGUCGAUUUUGGUGUCCUGUUGCUGUUUAAGGCUAAUUGAAGGAACAUGGAUGCCUAUUGUAAAAUUGUUAAACAAUGCAUAUUCAGCAGCCAAAAUGGCUUGAAAAUCAACAGAAUGGCACACAAAGUCCCUUAAGGAUCUCUUAAAGUUGUGUGCAGUUGUAGAAUGACUUCAGCACUGCAACACUAAGACAAACUAUUCAUGUAGAAUGUGGUUAUCUUGACAACAGCCAUGUUUAUUUUGUGUCGUCUCAUUACUAUAUUCCUCUGCUUCAUGUUUUAACGACAGUACAACAGUAGUAUCAUGGUUGCCCAUGGAAACGGCCUGUAAUUAGACUAAAAUCUCCCAUCCAUGUGCGUUGUUAUCACUAUCAAACAGUACCGUAUUGACCCAAAUACGUGACGGCAUUUUUCCCAGAGUGUGGCGAUUUAUGCAUGCAAACAGUGAUUCGGAGAGACACAGCCGUGCCACAGAGACCCUCUGAAAAUGGAAUUAUAAUGCACAUUAUUUUAAGGUAAUAGUAAUCAUCCAUUCAGGGUUGUCUUAUAUCCGGUACUUUUUUAAGAGCCAGUCCAACAUGUUUUUUUUUUUUUUUUUACACCUACGUUUUUACAAGUCCAGUAAAGAGUGCAUACAGUAAAGUCUCGCACACGAAAGCGUAUAAUGUAAACAGAAUGUGCCGUUCUGUUGCAGAUUUGUACAAAUACUAAUUGUUUAAAUGUGCUAUUGUACUAUUUGCAUUAGAUUUUUUUCUAUAAAUGCCUAAAAUAUUUGUACUAAAUAAAUGUCAU